AUGCUGCAAAGGAAGCCCCCCAAGGGGCUCUUCCUCCACUUUAUGGAGCGGCGACUCCUUUCGGGGCUGCUUGACAAAGAAAAGGCCUCUAGAAUGACCGGCAGUGUCAUAAAGUUUGACCGCCGCAAGGGAUACGGUUUUAUAAGUGAGCACACGCAGGCGCGAGCGCGUUUUGCUGAGUAUGUAAGGGGACAGCCGAAUGAUGGAGGACCCGACAUCUUCGUUCACUACACGGACAUAUGCCAGGGCAGGACCUUCUCAUUAACGAGUGAGGAGAAAAAAAAGUUAAGUUGGUGCUCGAGGGUGGACAUGCCACCUCGCCAAGUAGAGUGCAACUUCGAAAAUUAUGACCCCCCUGGAAGCAAGGAGCAAAUAAAAAAAGAGUUCAAAUACUUGGUGCCAGGCGAACGGGUCAAAUUUUACGUCACGUACGAUCAGCACAGCCAUUCGACCAAGGCGACGAGUGUGGACUACCUGGACUGA